AAAAGAAAGAAGCAAAAAAAUACUUCAUUUCAUGAAGAUCAACCCCUGCUAAUCUACAAUGAAGAGAUUUUUUUUUUUUGGUAAGCAUCUACAAUUAAGGGUUGUCCAGUUUGAGCAUUGACCCACUACCGCUUGAGAUGGGAGGCAAAAUAGCCGCAGGAGUCAACCGGGAAAUAUCAGCGACAGCUCACAUUAGGACGGCCAAGCACCGCGAUAGGUCUUCUUCCAAGCUUACUUCAGCAUGUGUUUAUCGGGUAGUCCAACCUGCCCCACCCAAGUUAUGUGGCUCUCCAGAUGGCCCUCCUGUCACAGCACCAAGAAUAAAGCUAAGGGAUGGGAGGCACCUAGCCUACAAAGAGCAUGGCGUCCCAAGAGGUGCAGCCAAAUAUAAAUUUGUAUAUGUCCAUGGCUUUGACUCUUGCAGGCAUGAUGCUAUCGUUGCCAAUACCCUGUCUAUGGAAAUUGUUGAAGAUUUAGGGAUAUACAUUGUGUCUUUUGACAGACCAGGCUAUGCAGAGAGUGAUCCUAAUCCGAAACGAACCCUUAAGAGCAUGGCUUUGGAUAUAGAGGAACUUGCUGAUCAAUUGGAACUGGGAUCCAAAUUCUAUGUAAUUGGCUUUUCCAUGGGAGGCCAAGUGAUUUGGAGCUGCAUCAAAUAUAUCCCUCAUAGGUUAGCAGGAGCAACACUAUUGGCUCCAGUUGUUAACUACUGGUGGCCUGGUUUUCCUGCAAACUUAUCUAAAGAAGCCUACUAUAAGCAAUUAACUCAGGACCAGUGGGCGCUACGUGUUGCACACUAUGCUCCCUGGCUUACCUACUGGUGGAAUACCCAAAAGUGGUUUCCAGUGUCCAGUGUUAUUGCUAAGCGUACUGAUACGUUCUCUCGCCCUGAUAAGGAACUUUUGCCUAAGCUUGCAAGAAGAAAGAAUCACAUGGCACAAGUCAGGCAGCAGGGAGAAUAUGAGUCCAUCCAUCGUGACCUUAUAGUUGGAUUUGGAGACUGGGAGUUUGAUCCUAUGCGUCUUAAAAAUCCGUUUCCCAACAAUGAGGGUUCGGUGCACAUUUGGCAUGGAGAUGAAGACAUAGUUGUGCCUCUUUCACUUCAACGCUAUAUUGCUCAACGACUCGAAUGGGUUCAUUACCAUGAGCUUCCAGGCGCAGGGCAUAUGUUUCCAUACGCUGAUGGUAUGUGUGACGGUAUCAUAAAAGCGGUUCUAAUUUGAGAAGUAGCUUCUCUUCAAAGGUAUAGUACUCCUUUUCAAUUAUCUCAAAUUAAUUGCAGUUGGACUUGAUAUUCCAGCCAUAUUCCAGGCCGUUACUUCUAACGUUGGAAUCAAUGUUUACUUAUUUCAAAGAAGUGUUUUUAAGUCUGCAUAAUAAAGGAUUGAGGCAAAU